GAGCUCGUAACCAUUCACCACUUCUUGUUUGCGGUGGCCUGAGUUGAUUACUCCGAUUUGUGCGUUUCAUCUUGCUUAAGGUUGGAUCUAGUCCAUAGGAUUCUACAAACUUAAUGUUUAAAGAGCAUGCCUGCAGAACCACCAAUGUAUCCCUGUAUUCCCAAGGUUGGAGGAGGAUUGAUCAAUCAAAAUCAUUUUGAUAGGGAGCAAGAGGAAUAGAAUGACAAUUGUUGACAUGAGCACUUAUGGGAUGACAAAACAAAAACAACAAACCCAGUAAUAAGGGAUGACAAAACAAUAAGAAAAUUUUCAGUUGAAGGAUUAAAGAGUACUUUGUUAAUAUGUUAUCUCUAGUUUUGUACUCUUUUAUUUGUUUGUCUUGUUCACACAAAACCUUGUCCAGUUUCAGGGGCUGGCGAUACUCAAACCGGUGAAGAUGCCAUGUUGCUUUCAAGUGUGCAGCCAGUUGUUUUUCAGUCUUCUGGUGGACAAUUUACUUCUCCGAGCGCUGCUGGGAAUGGCCAAUUUUCACAAAGAAUUGCAGAACAUCUUUUACACAAGGAAGCAGCACAUCCCCCACAAACUGGUUUGCAUCAGGAUCAAAGCAGAAGACCUGCUCGUUUUCCAACUGUGCCUGCUAGCGGACCUUCCCAUGAUAGUGUUGUACCCAUACAUAUAGACAAGAAGCUUUCUGAACCUGAUUUUGUUCCAGGUGGAGGAAUGCCUACUUCAAAGGAUAAUCCAUUCCCUCAGGUUUCAAACAUCCGUGGCCAACCAUCGUUUAAAAGAAAAUCACGUGAACCCGCCCCGUCUCAUCCGCGUAUGAAGAUAAGCCACCGUCCUUCGGCUCUCCCAGUACUGAUCCCUCGGCCUCCCACUCUCACAUCCUCUUCCCCUCAGCCAUUGCCUCAUCUGCAGGUGCCUCGGCGUCCACCUCUCACACCCUCUCCCACUCCUCAUCUGAAGUGGCAAGGCCCGGGUGGACCUCCGAAACCCACAGGACAUAAGUGCCUCUUGUGCAAGAGGGAUUUAGCGCUAAGCCCAGACGGGCCCGCCCACCAGCCACCACCAAUUCUUCCAGCUGUCGCCGUUCUCCCGUGUGGCCACGUGUUCCAUGAUCAUUGCUUGCAUCUUAUCACACCGGAAGACCAAUCUAAUGAUCCUCCAUGCAUUCCUUGUGUCAUUGGUGAAACAUGAUGAUCAUAUUUUGAUAGCAGAUUAGGAGGGUAUGGAAGAUGAAAGUAAUAUUUUAAUUAUACACAAAAGUCAAGUUCAUUUUAGUUCAAAAUAUGACUAAGAUAAAUUAUUUCAGGACUU